GGGCUUUCUGCAUGCCUUAUCCUCAAAAUCUCUCUAUGGACAAGAAAAGAAACGCCUUUUUUGAGUUCUGAGAAGCAGUGAGAGAACAGACACACAACUCUACACCAAAAGAAUGUGGCAAAACACAAAAGCUUUUCACUCCACAGCUCAAUUUCUCCCUCCCCAAACACCAACACUACCUCCUACACAGCAACAUACCACAUCCAUUUCUUCAUCCCCUCCUAUCCUCAAACAAUGCUGCAAAUUCUCACGUCGAGAGCUUGCAAUUCGCGCAAACUCAUCCCUGCUUUUACUCUUAGCCUCUCAGACCCAAGAACCUUCUGGCCUGUCAAAGGCGCGGGCCGAAGAGAAUCCAGAAAACCCCAACAAAAGUGAGGGACGAGAAGAGAUUUCAAGCAAUUCUGAUGGGUGCACAGACAAAGUUCCAACAAAGAAAGCAUUUCUUGAUGUAUCAGUAAAUGGAGAGCCUGUAGGUAGAAUUAUCAUUGGGCUAUAUGGUGACACAGCCGCGGGCGGUGCUGCUAGAUUUACUAAUCUUGUCACUGGGGCUUCUGGUAUUAGUUACAGAAGAAAAGAGUUCAUUAAGAUCAUGCCAAACUAUGUGCAGCAUGGUGGGGUGAGAUCAUAUGGGGUUGAUGCUGAACUUGCUAAAAAAACUGGAAGCAAUUUGGGAGCUGACAAACUCAUGGAGGAAUGGGAGAAACAGAAUGGGAAUUGUCCGGGGACUAAAAAUGUGGCCAGAAGUGUUGGAAUUGUUGUGAGAGAUCCAUCAAAACCGCCUCCGAAAUUGAAGCUUGUUGCUAAAAAAGGUAAGCUGGAGAUUGAUGAAGAGGAAGUGGGAAUGGAGCCUAAUGGGACAGAGUUUGUGAUUGCCAUCAGAGAUUCAGCCGAGUUGGAUGCCUCAGCUUUGGUGGUUGGGAGAGUCUUGGAAGGGAUGGAUGUUGUGGAGAGGAUUGGACAGGUGAAGACUGUGCAGGAGAACACUAGUUCUCCUUAUUUCAGGGUGGCCAAAUUAAUCGGAGAUAAGAGGGCUGUCGUUGCAGAAAGAGGCUUCAACCGCCCUUACUCAAAAGUCAUCGUCACGAAUUGCGGGCUGUUAGAAUGAGAGGAAGCACUGCAGGCAGCCUUCAUUUUUGUUGUUUCGUUUUCUUUGCAGAGAACAAAAUUUGGGAGAAAGUUAAUCCUUCCGAUGUUUCUGGACAAAAUCUUAUUGCAUUUCACAAUUCAAAACCUGGAGAUUAGCAAAAUUGAGCAACAUUAAAAGAUGUCAUUCAAACAAAAAACCUCGGUACAACAUUGUUGUUUCUGUCUAUAAUCCGAUCUGGGAUAUGUACAGUAAGCAAUCUCUUUCACCCAUUUUGAAGAGGUUAACUCUCGAAAUUGAUAUAAAGAACUAAGGGAACAAAUGUAUUUCAAUGGUGAGUGGAUACAACACUAUGCCUAUUCCACCAGG